AUGUCUAGUAAGAUUGAAGUACCCUCGUUGAACUCGUCCUUGUCACCAUCCCAUGCACACACGUCAUCGAUAACAGGGGUGAUAACUAAUACGUUACAGUCAUCUACUGGUGCAGCUACUGCUAUACCAUCACACGAUUCCUUGCACAAACCACCAUCAUCAUCAUCUCCCAAGCAAAUGCAGGAACAACAGCCACCUUCAAACCAUGUACGUAAUAGGAAAAGGAGCUUUGCGGUUUCCUCCUUGCCAACGGUACCAGUACCUGCUCAUGUUUCACCACCAAAGCGUCAUAGACCUUCCUCAUUGAAUCUACUCCAAGUGUCUCCAGAUAAUAACUCGGACUUAGCUUUGAGAAUUGUUAGUCCAGGCUUGCCUCCGCUCAGCAAAGAAAUGAAGACUACAGUGCAACUACUGAAGAAAAUUCAACAACAGCAAAGAAACUUGAUAGCCGCAAGACAUGGCAAAGAACCCCCCAGUGACGUAGAAGAACAAUCACUUUCAACAACUAGAUCCGAAACUUAUCAACAGCCGCUAAUAAGAUGGGACCCUGCUAAAUCACCAGUAUACUCUCUUGACGAUUUCGAUCUAGAUCGGUUAACACACCUUAAUGAGAAAAGAAGAUUAAAGAGAAAUAAUAUCCCUGCUCCAUUGAAUAUUAACCAAGUCUCAAAUGGUAGUUUUACAAUACUGAAUAGUCAGAACAUACUUCCAUCAAUACAUUCAGCUCCAAUCAGACCAUCGACGAUAACAAAUGGAGGGAGAAAACGGUUCAUGCCAUAUGGAAGUCGACCAAUGGUUCUCCAGCAACAUCCAAUGGUGCCUCCACCACCACCAUCUUUGGCAUUACAGCAAUAUUCCUAUCCACAAUCAGCUCAUUACUAUGCUGCUGCUGCUGCGCAUCCUCCUCCUAUCCAGAGAACUUUCCAAAAAUUCAGCAAUGCUCAUGUAACUUAUAGUAAUUUGAGGCCAUUGCAGCAGCACCAGCAGCACCAGCAGCAGCAGCAGCAGCAACAACAACAACAACAACAGAUAAGAAUUGUACCUCCAAAUGCAGCAGUGUCACAAUUUCCAAUAAAGCAAGUUUCUGUACAACAACCGAGGUCAAGCGUAUAUUCACAAUAUAACAAACCAAGCAUGGUAACAGAUGUGUUUAAUGACAAUUUACAAAGAGCAGCGCCUUUGCAAUCACAACCUCUUUCUGCGCAGCGAGAGGCGUUUAAUAAAAACUAUAGACAAUUUAAUAGUGACGAGGAUGAGGUGGAGGAUGAUAGAUUGCCAGUCACUGAAGAUGAAGUCAAGGAAAUGCAACAAAAGUAUGAAUCAAAUGCUAGAACUGUCCCUCAAUAUGUCUCGGCCUUUGGAGCAAGUGGUGGUGGUGGUGUUGCAGCAGCCGCAGCAACAGCAGUACCUAUAUACUCCUCUAUAAAUCAACAAGGAUACUUCCCCCCUCGUCUUCCUCAAUCACAAUUGAACAAGUCCAGACACUUGUCUACUGCUAUUGCUCCAAGCAGCACCGGAGGUGAAGUUUUUGGCAGUAUUAUUUUCAUGAAUGAAUCUAUGUUUAAUUUUCGAAUUUUUGAAAAAAAGCAAAAACAGAAUGGAGAAGGAGAACAAGCAGAGAUGGACGAUUUGGAAGAAAGCGAAUUGGAUGAAAGUGGGAAGAUCUCGUUGACUUCAUUAUCGGAAAAUUCAUCAAGUGGGGCAAUUUUAUCCAGCUCGACUACUGAGCAACCAAAAAGUAGCAGUAGUUAUGUCAGCAGCAAGAGUGCUGAAACCAACAAAAGGGAGGAAAAAGCGAAUGUUGCAAAUGCUCUGAGUGAAGAAGAAAAGAGUGAUGAUGAAAAAGAAGGAGGAGAAGGAGAAGAAGAAGCAGGAGAAGAAGAAGCAGGAGAAGAAGGAGAAGGAGAAGAAGAAGGAGAAGAAGAAAAAGAAGAAAAAGAAGAAGAAGACAAUAAUGAUCAUGACGAGAAUGAGAAUCAAGAGGAUCUGGUAUCGACUAAUAAAAAUCAUUGGCUAACUUACGAAAAGGAAAAGUUUUUGAAAAUCUGUGAAACGUGCUGGGAUGAGUUUGUCAAAUCGAAAAACAGCUAA